CAAUUUAUAAGUAAAUAUUUCUGAUUAAAGGUAUUAUAUAUUGAGUUUGAUAUUUAAAAAAUGGAUAAAAAUAAUGUGUGAUCAUUUUGCAAUCGACAGUUUAUAAAUUGUUUAUUUUAAUUAAUCUGAAUUGGUGAGACCGCGCUUGCCGAAAUUCUUCAGCAAAAUAAUUGGUUUUCGAAUACCUACUUAUAGGAGUUUUUUAAAUUCAGUAGUUCGGUAUUCUUGCGUAGCGUCGGAGAAGAGAAACUUGUCUCUCUUCGGUAGUACGAGCUGUACGAGUUGUGAAAUUGAUUACGUGUUCAAGUGACGUAGCUCACGCAUGCGCACGGAGGUCCGAUUCGCGGAGAAAUUUGUCCUUCCCCGAUUCCUCGUGAAUAUGCCGGAUCGGGACACGGAGACGACGGUGUCAGUGACUACAGUCGUCUCCGCGCGAUCUUCGCGAGUUGUUGGGGUUCCCGUCGAUUCCUCGUGGCCCGACGUCAAAGCUGUCGCGACCGUUGGAACGGCGCGCGGGAGCCGAGCGAGCGAAAGCGAGAGCGAGGGAGAAAGAGAGAGGGUCGCGCCGCAACGUGCGCUCGCAACAACGCGAAUUAAUUGUUCUCACGGUGAGGGCCAGCCCUUGAACACGCGGUGCUCGCCGAGACGAAAGGUUGUGCGACUGCGCGAACGUACGUACGCACGCGGUGGUUCAGCGUGGUCUCCAUCUCUCUCGAUUUACACCUCGAAUCCUCGCCUCAUUCCCAACGUGUCACACAGAAAUUGUCGGCGCGAGCGACGUUUGAUGCUUGACAUUGGGAUACGAUGGCACUGACACGGGGACUGCGAUCGUUCUUCGUCCUGGGAACGAAUUAUGCAUACAAGUGCGUAACUAGUCAAGCGAACCUCGCGAGAGCUGUGUCUACCAUGCAACCGCUCUCGAAGAAUAAAGAGGUCACUAUAACGUUUGUUAAAGCCAAUGGAGAGAAGAUAAAAGCAAAGGGGAAAGUCGGAAACAGUAUUUUAGAUAUUGUUAUGGAUAAUGACCUCAACGACGAAUUAGGUGGUUACGGGGCCUGCGAGGGAACGCUGACGUGUAGUACUUGUCAUUUAAUUUUCCCCAAGAACGUGUACGAUAGUCUUCCAGACAAACCUUCAGAAGAAGAGACUGAUAUGCUGGACCUGGCGUACGAGCGUGGUGACACCUCGAGAUUAGGAUGCCAGAUAACGAUGACUGAAGAACUAGACGGCAUUGAGGUGAGAGUACCAGCUACCAUUAACGAUGCAAGACAACCAUGAUAACUCGAUAAGGUCUUCAAUCGGUUUAGAUAAUUUUAGAUCAGCAUUUGUUCUAGUAUUAUUCUUAAUACAAUUCAAUUUGAUGAGCCUUUUGCCCAAUAUUGCCUUGACCAAAAGUAUUAGACACUUAUAUUUUUUAACUUUAUUUCGUUGAAUAUUUAAAAAAUAUUUUUAUAAAAAAUUUUAAAACAAAUAAAAAUAUGAAUCAUCCUUUAUAAAUUCUUUCAGCUGAUGUGUAAUGUCGACGAACAGUAAAAAACCAUAUAGAAAACAAUAUAAAAGAAUUUCAGUUAAACGAAAAAAGUAUAGGUGCCUGAUAUUUUGGAUCAAGUACACAAGUCAAUGCGUUAUGUACAUAGUAGUGAAAAGUUAUACAUUCAAAAAAUGAUGAAUUUAGAUCUAAACAUAAAGAUAUAUCAUAAAGAUUCUUUAUAAUGUACAAUACUUUUUUAAAUAAUUGUAUAUAUUAUGCAUGAUAUACUUAUAAUAUUGACAAUAUUUCGUACAGAAAAAGGAAAUCAUGUUUUUACUCAAAAUGUUAAAACAUAAAUGACAGAAGAGAAAAAUAAAUAAAUCUUUUUUAAUAAUUUUUUAAUAAACUUCUUUUAUUUAAUAAUAAUUUAUUUAAUCUAGAGAUCGGCUGCAAAUCUAUUAUUGAGAAUCAGACGUUCAUUCAGUUUCACUUGUGAAAUUGUUGCUGGCGAGUUUGCGUAAUGUUUCUGUCAUAUUAUGAUAUAUUGAACUAUGCUAGUGACUGCAUGGCAUACUUUAAUCUAAUCGCGAAAGAGGUCAUGAAAAGACAGUUUUGCAAGUGCAUUUUAUCUUCUCAUGGCAAAAUCAAUCACGAAUAAGAAAUAUUCACUUUUAUGAUGAAAUUAAAUACGUAUAUACAUAUUGAUGAGAGUUAUAGGAAACAUUAAUGUAUAUUGCUAUGUAACGUUCGUGAAUACAUUUGACAUUUAAUUACAAUAAAAUAUUGAUGGAAAAAUCCUGAAAUAUCGAAUAAGCAAUCAAAUAAAUUAAAGUCAUAUUUACAUUUUAAUCAAAAUGCACAACUUUAUUUGCAGUACAUAUCCAGAAUAAUUUAUUUUUUUUCCUUUUUUAAUUAAUUACAUACUAAAUCUACUACUAUUACAUAAUUAUCAGUACAUAAAGCUAAAACACUUUUGUACUAUGUGCGUUAUAUAUAAACCCAACAAAUAACUUACUCACAUGAUUAAAUUACAUGCUUUACUACUUACUGCAAAUACAUUAUAUUACUACACUACUUACAAAACGUGGUGAAGUGUAUACAUGUAUGUUACUAUGUAACAAUACAUAAUUACAAUAUUUUCAAUUUCUUACCCUGCCCGUUUAAAUUACAUUUCUAGAAUAUAUCUCUAUAUAUUCUUACAUUAUGUACAUGUAUAUUUAACCGACUUCUCUCUCUCUCACUUAAAUGUCAGAAUGUCAAAGUUUAUUAAUAUUCUCGUUUCGAGUUUACUUUAUUUAAACUAGACACACAAAUCGCAAAUAUUAGUAUAUACUUUAAAUAAAUUGAUUCAAUGAUUAUAUAUCAAUCAAUAUAAAAUAGCAUAUGAACAAGAAAUUUAGAAUAAUUUGGUAAGGUAAUUAAUAAAAGACUUUAAAAUAAUUGUUGGAUUUAAGUUCGAUAAAACCAUGACUAAAUUUGCAAACCUGCAGAAUACAGUAAAAGUUCCAUUUUCGUUAAUAACCAUUGUUACUUCUGUGGAUUCAUUUAUUUAUAAAAAAAAAACAAUAAAGAUCAGAUUAAGGAUAAAAAAUAAUUUUAUUUUUAACGUUUUUGUUUUAGACAGUCCUAAAAAUUAUCUCUGUGAUUUUUAUUUUAAAAUAAAAUAACAUAUGUAAAGAUAUGUAAAAGAUAUGUAAAGGAUGAAGAAAAAAAGAUGUGUUCUCUAUACCUUUUUUAUCUGACGUUAAUCUUCUCUUUUUUGUGUAUUUGUGACAUCUACUUUUUUAUUUGAAUGUUGUGAUUAUGCAAAAAAAAAAAAAAA